GUGAAGUCACACAAAGGGGAGGGUUGUCCGUAGUAUUGCCAUGUGUGCAGGGAGCAAACCCCAAACUUUCACAGUGAGGAAAGUCCAGUCAGUGUGUGAGUGCAUGCAGUCAGGGACCUGAAGAAACAUCCUGGGAUUUAUUCACAGUUUUGGCGAAGCCCCAUUAGCUCGUCCACCUCUGAACAGUCCAAAGGUCCGAGCGCCUCGUCGGUAUAUUAAGGAGCGUGGUGCCACCUCUUGCACAACUUUUUUAGUGUGAAGAAACCGGUGUGUUGCAGGUCGCGGUGCACCGCAGAGCAUUUUAAUAGUGACUCAACAUUGUUAAAAGGAGACAGUAGAAAUGGCAGCAACACGGAUGCAGCUACUAUCACCCAGGAACGUCCGACUUUUAAGCCGCGGGCGAGACGAAGUGUUAGCCGGUUGCAGUGGAGCGCAGCGGCCCGGCGGUGGUGGUGGUGGUGGUGGUCCCAGGGUCCGCUCACUGACCUCUUCCCAUCUGUCCUCCUCUUCUCCCGGCAGAGCUUUAUCAAGUCUGAGUGCGACUCGGCGUGGGGUCCCUAAAGAGAAAAUGACCGAGAAUGGAGUGUCGCCCCGGGCCAAAGUGUUGACCAUCGACACCAUGAACCCCACGGUGAAGAAGGUGGAGUACGCGGUGAGGGGGCCCAUUGUGCAGCGGGCGGUGGAGCUGGAGAGGGAGCUCUCUGAGGGAAUGAAGAAGCCUUUUGCUGAAGUCAUCAAGGCCAACAUUGGUGAUGCACAUGCUAUGGGCCAGCAGCCAAUCACUUUCUUCCGACAGGUCUUGGCGCUCUGCUCCUACCCCGAACUGCUGAAUGACAGCACAUUCCCAGAGGAUGCUAAAAGUAGAGCACGCCGCAUUCUGCAGUCCUGUGGAGGGAACAGUAUGGGCUCCUACAGUGCCAGUCAGGGCAUAGACUCUGUACGUCAGGAUGUGGCGCGCUACAUUGAGCGAAGGGAUGGCGGUGUGCCCUGCGACCCAGACAACAUUUACCUCACCACAGGGGCCAGCGACGGCAUUGUGACCAUGCUGAAGCUGCUGGUGUGCGGUGAGGACGAGACCCGUACGGGCGUCAUGAUUUCCAUACCCCAGUAUCCCCUGUACUCUGCCGCUCUGGCUGAACUGGGCGCCGUGCAGAUCAACUACUACCUUAAUGAGGAAAAGUGCUGGAGUCUGGACAUCAGUGAGCUGCAGCGUGCUCUGGAUGAGGCCCGGCGCCACUGCAACCCACGAGCCCUGUGUAUCAUCAACCCUGGAAACCCCACCGGUCAGGUGCAAAGCAGAGAAUGCAUCGAGGAUGUUAUCCGAUUCGCAGCAAAGGAACGUCUCUUCCUCAUGGCUGACGAGGUGUACCAGGAUAACGUGUAUGCUGAUGGAUGCCACUUCCACUCUUUUAAGAAGGUGCUGUUUGAGAUGGGACCAGAGUACUCAAACACAGUGGAACUGGCAUCUUUCCACUCCACCUCCAAAUGUUACAUGGGAGAGUGUGGCUUCCGUGGAGGCUACAUGGAGAUCAUCAACAUGGACAGUGAGGUGAAGGCCCAGCUGACCAAGCUGGUGUCUGUCCGCCUGUGUCCCCCUGUCCCUGGUCAGGCUCUAAUGGACCUGGUGGUCAACCCUCCGCAGCCUGGGGAACCUUCAUAUGACAACUUUAUCAAGGAGCGCACAGCCACGUUGAAUGUCUUAGCAGAGAAGGCCAAGCUCACAGAGCAGGUUCUCAAUACUGUGCAAGGCAUCAGCUGCAAUCCUGUGCAGGGUGCUAUGUACUCCUUCCCUUGCAUAACCAUCCCCGAAAAGGCCAUCAAAGAGGCCACGGACAACGGCCAGCAGCCGGAUAUGUUUUACUGCAUGAAGAUGCUGGAGGAGACUGGGAUCUGCCUCGUACCUGGAAGCGGCUUUGGUCAGAGGGAUGGAACCUACCACUUCAGAAUGACCAUCUUGCCGCCGACGGACAAGCUGAAGAUCCUGCUGAAAAAAGUCAAGGAGUUCCACCAGAAAUUCACACAGCAGUAUUCCUAAAUUUCUAAUUCUCUUCCUCUGUUCACAAGCGGAGCAGCUCAGCAGCCACAAGAAAUACACUAAUCCAAGUGCCUUUCCCACGACAGCUCUGGCGGUCUCUGCGAUGACACACUCGAGCCUCUACAGCUGUCUCUCAUUUGGACAUUCACAUACGAUACAAAAGGCACUGUAUUGUGUCCGAAAACAAAACUGGAGAUGAAGAAAUGAAAUCAAAAGACGUGUGUCAGCUCGGUACAAAAAUAAUGGUUGUGUGUGCGGUUUCAGCUUUGAAGGAUGUAUAGCAUGUCUUUGUAUUUGUGAAUAUGAGAGAUAGAUUGUCUAUGUGAAUACCAAGCUAAAAGAAAGGUACAACUGAAGGAAAAAUUGUAAUGCUUGGAACCUUGAGUUUGUAUAAAAUAUUUCAUUCCAGCAGGCGGAAGAAAAAAUGCAGAAAGGUUUCCAUUUGCAUGAUGAUUCAGAGAUGAUUUUGUAGAAUCAAAAUAAAUGUUAAUAGUCUUUA